GCAGCUGGAGGGUGGUUUCGAUGGAGACGAAUGGAUCGAUGGACAAUUUCCCCAAAACCCGCCACUCACAUAGACAUGCCCAGAAGAUUUUUUAUAUGAAGUGAUAUCUAUUUGUCCCCCUCUUAGUGCCUCAGCGAUGGACUCUCGGUUGUCUGCGCUCUCAAUCGAACACGGAGAGAAGGCGCAACAAGAUCCAUCGUCGGUGGUGUAUAUAGAGGAGAUUACAGACACGAGUCUCGUUAAACACUAUAACAACCAGGUGUUCGACAAGAACUUUCCAUCUAUGGGCUAUCGCGAGAGCACCUGACAGGCAGGCAUGACAGGAGAAAAUUCAUUGUUUGUGUGUCGUGAAGCACCUCUGUGUUGCUGACCAUAUCAUCUAUUUUGAGGAUCAGCAUUACGGCUUCGGUGGACAAACGGACAGCAGAUGUGUUCACCAACAAAGGCUGCACAGAGACGAGACGCCGACGCCACAUUGUUGUCUAUGGCGCAUUUUGUAUCCUCAGGCACCUGCAGCACAUUCUCCUCGAGGAUGUCGGAUAUGGCACCCUGAGAGGAGAGGGGAGACAUAGGGACAAUUGUGACACUGACUGCGCGCCUACCUUUCGCACGUUGACUCCUGCAUGUUUCUCGCCCGCUGCAUGUCGGUUGCGCAGCUCAGUGACGAUCUCGAUGGGAUUCAGACCAGCGUUCUCGGCCAGAGUGUAGGGAAUCACCUACAGACGCAUCCGCAGUGAGAAUGCUGUUCACACAGGGUGUCAGCCCACUCGAGUUCGGGUACCUCGAGGGCGUCAGCGAAUGCUUUGACGCAGAGGGAUUGGACACCAGGCAGGCUGCGGCCCCUGAGGGCACGGUGAAGAGCAGGAUAGACACGAUGCGAAUUGCGUCAGUCAACAGUGUCUCCCGAACCAUUCAUUGAGUUUCUGCGAUAGCUCCAUUUCGGGGGCUCCACCGCCAGGAAUCAGCGCCCUAGACACGCGAGGCGGGCACUUGCUUGCAGAAUCAGAGCACUCGAGCGCGGCUGUAUCAGGUGAUGCUUACUUUUCCUUGACUAGACUGCGGACGACACACAGGGCGUCGUGGAGGGAACGCUCAGCCUCGUCGAGGGUCUGAGGAACCAGACACGGAAAGGACAAAGAUGCCACGUCCGCAAGCAGGUAUAGGCUGUCUUGCUUUCUCUACCCCUCUCCGCACCAGUUGGUUUGAGGCCCUGAUGAGGACGCUGACGGUUCCCUUGCCUUUGACCCCCGUGACCCUCGCGAUCUUGCCCUCGCCGCCAACAUCCUCCUCACACACCUGCACAACACGAAACCGACGCAACACGUCGUACAUGAAUAGAUGGACGGCAGCUACGAUACGAAAGUACCAUGUCUGCAUGGCCCAGCUUGUCGCUCGUGAAGGCAUCGAGGGACGCUACAGGCUCGCAGCCGAGCGUCUGAGACAAAGGCCCAAGUGGAAUUCCGUGGACAAUGCUUGUCUUCUGUGUGCGUUGGUUGACCCUGCAUAUGAACUCAACAUCCUCUCGCUCGAUGUCCUGCACGACGAGGAUCUUUGCCUUGGCCAAAUAAUCCAACGACAUGUCCUGGACAUUCCAACACACAAGAGGAAGAACACUCACCUCACCCACACGCCAACGCCUGCACAGCGGCCUCCAGUGCACUAACACCCGCUCACUGUCGUUGCAUCUCGGAGGAUGGAUUUCUGGAUGAGAAGGACAUUGCAACCUGUAUCAAAGAGUCAACUCACACGUCAGGCACUCAGCAACUCCGCAGGUGCUCAUUCAAAUCCAUCCCACGCACCCACCUACCUGUCGCAGCGAUUUGUUUGAUCAUCUUGGCGAGUAUGAGCCUCUCCUCGCGGAGCAGGCGGUCCAUCGCUUGGUAGUCCUGACACAAAAGUUCAAUGUACGCGUGUACCAGCAACAGUCUGCACACAAACUUGGACGUAUCCGUCAGCUCUUGGUCACCUUGAUGGUGAUAUUAUUUUCGAUGUCUGUUUUCGGCGGGGACAGGCAGAACUGAAUGAGGCCCACAUUCGCAUCCUUGACAAAACUGCGACCCCCAGCAGAGCGAACAACCUGCAGAGAACGCAUCAGCGACAUGAAGACGAUGCACUCUGUCAUCGACUUCAGCCGCUUACUUUUUGCUGCGUGAACACGAGCCCUUCUACGAGUUCCGUGUCGUCCACAGUGCCGCCCAGCUUCCUGCACAGAAACACAAGACGUACAUGAGAUGCGAUCUCCUCAGGGCAGGUGCGCUUGUCGUGGUGCACUUGACGACGCGGAUGUCGUUCAGGUCCACAUUGUCUGGAUUGGCAGGGUCCAAGGCCUGCACCAGCCAAACAGCAAAGUGUCAUUCUGUUUGUGGGCAUGCAGUGGUGCACACGUGCGUAUGUAUGACCUUCAUGACUGCAUCGACGGCUAUCGGCGCAAGCUGUGCGGCAUUCUGGCUGACCACCUGAAUGAAUCAAUUAGUGGAUGCGCAUGUAGACCGGCACAGCAUCAAGUGGAGUGUCUGUCACCUGUAUGCCGCAUGUGCAUGUACCUUUGAGCUGAGCGAUGUGGCUGCAUUCUUGAUGAGGACAUCCCUGUCGUUCAGGUCAACAGAUGUGGACAUCUCGCGAAGAAUCUCCACGGACUGAGAACGGGGCACGGCGACGUCGAGAGGUUUGUCUCCCUCCCUCUCCCUCUCACCCUGACCACCAUAAAUGUAGGUGCCCUACCUUGUUUGAUGCCUGCAGGAACGCCUCGGCAAUAGCCUGUGGGUGGAGCCCCUUGUUGAGGAGCAUCUCGGCUGCCCCGAGCAGCGCUCCGGCGAUGACGACCACCGACGUCGUCCCAUCGCCAGCCUCGACGUCCUGCGCCUUGGACAACUCCACCAACUGAUACACCACAGGACACAUAACGGGCAGACAUGGUCGCGGAUUGAUAGAUCCGCCUUUCUGCGUUGUGCGCACGCAUGUAUCACUUUACCAUUUUGGCUGUCGGGUGCUGCACCGCCAUUUGCUUGAGUAUGGUUGCACCGUCAUUGGUGAUCACCACGCCCUCCUUGGCAUCCUGGAUCUGAGGAAGAAGCAAGACAAGACGAAGACCCACGAAUGAAUGGCGCACAACGACAGGCUGCGGCUGCUGAUCGUACCAUUUUGUCCAUGCCUCUGGGCCCCAGGCUCGUGCGAAUGGCAUCCGCCACCGCUGCAGGCAAACACAUGCCCAUCCGGCGAUUCACUCGCACAGUUUCACCCGAGACAAGCACGUGUGCACGUUGCAUUUGGAGGAGUUGAUGAAGCUACCUCUUGCCGCCACGAUGUUCUGUCGCCUCACAUCUUUCGUCUUCUCAUUCUUGCUCAGCUGUUCUCCAUGACCCUUCCACGCCUGAAUCGGAGCUGAAGGAAGAAGACAUUCGAACAACACAUUCCCGCCACUUGCCCGACCUGAAAGUUGCGCACCUGAAACUUGCGCCAUUUUCGUCUUCG